AUGUCAAAGACCAGCACGGAUGGACCGGGCGAAGAAGACAAGUUGAGCGAUUUUAUCCCGGAUAGCAUGGAUAUUUCGCGUCAGGUGAGCGAAAAGCCAACAGAGGGAGAGUCAGAAGUGGACGAGGUAGAGGAGGAAGAGGAAGAGGAGAUUGUCAGUGAUUCAGAGGAAGAACAACCAGAGGGUAAACCCAAGUCCAAGUCGUCGGCGCGGAAAGAACAGGCCCAGAAGAACAGGGAAAAGAAACACAAGCAAGGAGAGAGCUUGGGUUCGAAACGCAAGGCGAUGGACAAGGCCAAGCUUGCGGAUGCCAUGAAGCGCUAUUCGUAUCUUCUCGGGCAGACCGAUCUGUUCAAGCAUUUCGUUGAUAUGCAGCGUGCCCGAGACCCCGAAUACGCAGCUCUGACUGACGCACAAGAACAAGCGAAACCCAAAGGGAGAGGUCGCAAAAAGAAUGUCGACAAGGUUGCACGGCACCGUAAAUCCGAAAAAGAAGAAGACGAGGAGAUGCUCAAGGAUGGGGAACGUGCCGAUCAGGAUGAUGACCAGCCGUUUGUGUUUGAGGAGAGCCCGAGCUACGUUAAAGGAGGGACCAUGCGGUCGUAUCAGAUACAAGGCUUGAACUGGAUGACGGCAUUACACCACAACGGUUUGAACGGUAUUCUGGCCGAUGAGAUGGGUCUCGGAAAAACACUUCAAACAAUUUCCUUCCUCGGGUACUUGAAGCACAUCAAAGACAUCCCCGGUCCCCACCUUGUUGUCGUUCCCAAAUCCACACUCCAAAACUGGGCGCGAGAGUUUGGAAACUGGGUUCCGGACUUUAAAGUUUGUUUGUUGCAGGGAACCAAGGAAGAACGUGCGGAGAUUAUAGCAAACCAAAUACUCCCCGAGUCGUUCGAAAUCUUGAUCACGUCCUAUGAGAUCUGUCUUCGGGAGAAAAACACGCUCAAAAAAUUCUCGUUUGAGUAUAUCGUCAUUGACGAAGCUCAUCGAAUCAAGAAUGCCGAUUCGCUCUUGGCCCAGAUUGUUCGCGCAUUUACGUCCCGAGGGCGAUUGCUCAUCACUGGAACACCUCUCCAGAACAACAUGCGCGAACUUUUUGCGCUGCUCAACUUUAUUUGUCCCGAAGUCUUUAGCGACUAUGAAGAUCUCGAUUCAUUCUUGCAUCAGGAUGGGGAAGAGGGACAGUCGGAAGAGGAAAAGAGUUCGCAGGUCGUGGCUGCUUUGCACAAGAUCCUCAGGCCCUUCUUAUUGAGAAGGGUCAAGAGCGAUGUGGAGAAGAGUUUGUUGCCCAAAAAGGAAAUUAACAUCUACGUCGGUCUCACCGAGAUGCAACGUAAAUGGUACCGCUCGGUUCUCGAAAAAGAUAUCGAGGCCGUGAACGGACUGACGGGAGGGAAAAAAGAGGGCAAAGCCAGGCUAAUGAAUAUUGUCAUGCAGUUGCGCAAGGUCACUUGCCAUCCGUACCUGUUUGACGGUGCCGAACCGGGUCCACCUUACACCACAGACGAGCACCUCGUCGAAAACGCAGGAAAGAUGGUUAUUCUUGACAAGCUUCUUGGGCAUCUCAAGUCUCAAGGCUCGCGUGUGUUGAUUUUCAGCCAAAUGAGCAGAAUGUUGGAUAUUCUCGAGGACUACUGUUUAUUCCGCAGCUACCAGUACUGCCGAAUUGACGGUGGGACCGCGCACGAAGAUCGAAUUGCGGCGAUUGAUGAAUACAAUAAACCUGGUUCGGAAAAGUUCAUCUUUUUGUUGACUACGCGUGCGGGUGGUUUGGGCAUCAACUUGACCACUGCGGAUAUCGUCGUUUUGUACGACAGCGACUGGAAUCCUCAGGCGGAUCUUCAGGCAAUGGACCGAGCACAUCGUAUCGGCCAAACGAAACAAGUGUUUGUCUACCGGUUCAUCACCGAAGGAUCAGUCGAAGAACGUAUGCUCGAGCGCGCGGCGCAAAAGCUGAGGUUGGACCAGCUGGUCAUUCAACAGGGCAGGCAAACGGCUGUGAACAAGGCUGCGAACAAGGAAGAACUCCUCGAUAUGAUUCAACAUGGUGCUGAAAAGAUUGUCAACUCGGCCGACAACAUGUUGAUCGACGCGGAUAUUGAAGCGAUUAUUGCGCAUGGAGAAGAACGCACGGCCGAACUGAAUUCCAAGUAUGCAGGGCUGAACUUGGAAGACUUGAACAACUUCAAGUCGGAGAGCAUGACUGCGACUUGGGAAGGGGAGGACUUUCAGAACAAGCGCAAAACAAUCGGCCUCAACUGGAUCCAGCCGACGAAGCGCGAGCGUAAAGGCAAUUAUUCGAUCGACCAGUAUUACAAGGAAGCCAUGCGCGCUGGUCCUUCGAAAACGGACAAGGCGCCUCGUGUUCCCCGUGCGCCCAAGCAACUGCUCGUCCAGGACCACCAGUUCUUCGAUCCGAGGUUUGUGGAGCUUCAAGAGCGGGAAGCAGCCGCGUGGAAGAAAUCCCAAGGGUUCAAAGUCCCGCUUCGUGAACCUGUGGACGACACCGAGACUCCCGAGAUGCUCGAGGAGGAGAGGAAGCAGGAACAAGAGAUUAUCGAUAAUGCGCAGCCAUUGACCGAGGAAGAGCUUGCAGAGAAGGAAGAGUUGCAGGACAAGGGAUUCGGGAGCUGGACAAAGCGGGAUUUCCAGCAGUUUGUUCGUGGGGUCGAGAAGCAUGGAAGCUCGGACUGGGAAGGGAUUGCCUCGGAGGUGGAUGCCAAGAGUGCGCGCGAUGUCAAAGAGUACUCCAAGGUGUUUUGGUCCAGGUACAAUGAGCUCGCGGACGCGGAACGCAUUAUGCAACGGUUCGAAGACGCCGAUGCGAAACGCGAAAAGCAAAACGUGACCGAAGACUUGCUCCGACGCAAGGUCGCUUCCUAUUCGUUCCCUAUGCAAGAACUGCACCUCAAUUAUAACCAGACCAAGGGCAAAAUUUACAGCGAGGAAGAAGAUCGCUAUCUUCUUUGCCGGCUUAACCAUUACGGUCUUGGGGCCGACGAUGUCUACGAUCGAAUCAAGAAGGAUAUUCUCGAGUUCCCGGUCUUCAGAUUUGAUUGGUUCAUCAAGAGUCGGACACCACAGGAGAUCGGACGGAGGUGUACGACACUGUUGGGGAUGAUCGCCAAGGAGUAUGGUAUUGACGCCGCUGGCGGGGGAGAAGAUGAGGAUGUGCCCAAGGCUACUCCUGGAGCGGGUACCAAGGGAAAGAAGCGUCCUCUGGAUCAAGUUAAAGCCGAGUCUCGCGCGUCGACGCCUGGAUCAGCCAAAGGUGCCGUGGCUGUCAAGGGUGGCAAGAGGAAAAAGACCUAA